AUACUGUCAGCUCGUGGCAGAGAGGUAGUGACUGGAGUAUAACUGUGGAAAUCCAGCAGCAGCUUCUAGUGAAGAAGAACAUGCAAAGUUCCUUGAUUCUGUUUGUGCAGUCGAAACAUUCUUCAAGCAAAAGCGAAUAUCACAGCAAACAGGACGGAAUGCCAACAAACAUGCAUAAGCAGAGCUUUAUUAAAGGGCUGAAGGAUCGAUGCUCACACCUCUUGCAGCAUCCAAAGACAACCAGUGAUUCCUCUCAACUUGUGAAGGUCAAAUCAGGAGGAGCAAAAAUCAUUUUAAAUCCUUCCCAUGAAGAAGUAUUGAAAUGGGCUGAAUCUCUGGACAACCUACUGGGUCAUAAAUAUGGCCUGAUUGCCUUUAAAACUUUCCUUAAGUCAGAGUACAACGAUGAGAACAUUGAGUUCUGGCUGGCCUGUGAGGACUACAAGAAAAUUAAGUCACCCACAAAACAAGCCUCCAAGGCAAAGAAGAUCUUCUCAGAUUUUGUUGAACCAAUGUCUCCUAAAGAGAUUAAUUUGGAUUACUACACUAAAGAUACGAUCACCAAAAACCUUCAGCAUCCAACCUGCUCAUGCUUUGAAGCUGCACAGAAGAAGAUCUACGCUUUGAUGGAGAAUAACUGCUAUGCAAGGUUCCUUCAGUCAGAUAUCUACCAGAACAUACUCAACAACAGUCAUGACCAUCACCAAACAUGAAUAUAGUUAUUCUUCCAAAGCAAAUCAGAAGAUGAUCUCUUGUCAAGAUGUGGUUGUUUUCUUUGCUGUGAAUAAGGUAUUCAGUGCAAAAGACGGAGGAGACUGAAAGCUAAUAGCUGGUGGGGCAUGGAAAGUGAAAGGCUAAGACAAGGACCCAGAAAGGAUAGAGGGAGGUUGAAUGAAGCCUUUUUAAAGGUGGAGAGAGAAAAGUAACCUUGCGCCAUUGUGGGCAGAAGGCUCAGUGGUCUUCCAUUGGCUGAGACUCAUCAGGGAGUCACCAACGACAGCCAAGUUAUCCACCUGGAGGUUGAGAAAACAAAAUAGGGUGUAGAACUUCCAGGACUACAGAAGGAGCAGUGGAGGUCUGGAAGCCUGCCCUGCCCUUUGAGAAGCAAAACUGGGAGAGAGGAGGGAAAAGUUAGGGAUGAGAGGAAUGCAUGUUGUACUUACAGUGCACCUGCAAUACAAAGUGCAUUGACACACUGACAAUGCCUUUCAUUCAUCGGUGUUUAGGAUCUAUAUAAUUAAGUGUGUAACUUCUCAAUCUUGCAACGUAUUUACCUAGCAGUGGAAAAGGCAAAAUCUUCAUCUGUAGUCUCUAAUAAGACUGGAUUUGUGCUGCUAGCUGCCUAGAUGGGUGGUCAGAUCUAAAACAGCCAUCCAGAUGCCUGUACUUUCACAUCGCCACUGUCAAUUUGAAAUACUUUGGGAUCGACAGAGGAUUAACUGCUCCAAAUUCUCACCAUGUUAAUCCUGUAAAAUGCAUUGCGACAGACCACUUCAGGUCUGCAUUCUUUGUGUAACUAGUGAUUGCCUGGCUUCUCACAUUGUCUGUAUUUGUGUUGGAGAUGAUCCAAAGUGAAAGAAGCCAAUCAGUCCUAGAGCCAGUAAAAGAUCUUUAAUCAUUAUAAUAUACUGAAACAGUGAACUUUGGUUGAUGAACUAUCAAAUCCAGAGUACAAACCGUGCUUUUGUGCUUCAUCACUAAAAGCAAUCCGUCCUGCAUUAUAGAUAUCACCUCUUGGUACUUAACCAAGCUAAGAGCUUUAAACGGGGGGGGCGGAAUAAAAAUAUUCAGAGGUGUGAUUUGUAGACCAAGAUUGUGCAAAUGCUAGAAUUGUAUUCUCGUCUGUGACAUGAACAUUUGUUUUCCAAUCAACUCAAAUCUGUGGUUUAUUCGAUUAUUGUGUAAUUCUGAUUAAAAUUAUCAAUAAAGUUACAUGAAUUCAA